AUGUCUCAAAUUCAAGAUAUGAAGAAGCAGCUUCAGGAAGCUACUGCCAUGAACGAAAAAAAUAAACACGACUUGGGCGUUUUGGAACAAGAAAAACAACGGCUUUUGAAUGAAGUGGAAGAAAAUAAGAAGCUUCUCAUCACAAAAGAGGAGGAAAUAAAGAAAAUGACACAAGAAAUGGAUUCAUUGGUGAAUGAAAUUAAUAAAAUUAAUGAAGAACUCCAGAAAGCAGUAGAAGAAGCUAAAGAGAGAGAGACAUCUGAUGAAAAGAUCAAAAACCUCACGACCACCAUAGAGAGUCUGAACAAAGAUUUAGAUUCCAAAGCCAUGACCAUCACGCAACUGAUGUCGGAACUAAAGACCAGUACUGACGUGAGGUCCAAGUUGGAGACCACCAUACAGAGACUCAGGAAGGAGAGUGAGACGGAGAGAGAGAAAAAUACGGAGAGAGAGAGAUUACAGAAACGAAAGAUCGAACAGCUGGAGGAAACUUGCAGGGACAGAGAAGAAGAACUCACCAAACACGUCCUGGACAGUAGAGCUGAGAAGGAGCAUCUCCAGGAGAAGAUCCAAGGUAUGCAGAACACUAUCGACAAUAUACAAAAGGAGCUGACUGGUCGACCGGCUGUUGUGGAGAACAGAAUACAACCGGAGCUUGAUGACAACGCCGUCAUGUUAACUCCUGGACAGAAGAAACCCCAGACUCCGAUAUCCCCGAUAAUACAGAAGAAAGGAGGCUUUCUGAUGCCCCAGAAAGAGCCCAAACACCGCGACUCCGCGUACAAUUUAUUCAGCGACAGCAGCAUGGAAGGAGACACUCUGGAUGCGUCCGAAGUGAACCGCCGUUUCGAAGCCCUAUCUCGAGGUGAACGCGUCUCCCCCAUGCCUCUGACGGCCCUCAAACGUCGCGGCGGAGUCCCCGCACCGCACUCCUCGCUUAAAUACAGAACGCCUAUUAACAACGCAGUGUGUCCUUAA